CAAUCUUUUCGUACGCUCUGUUUUUCCCACCUUUUCUUCGCUCUUCCCUUUCCUUCGCAGACCCAAAUUCCUGAAAGAACGAAAACCGUUUUUUCAGGUAGAGGAUUUGCUGCAGAUCGGUUUUGUAUUUUUUAUUCGGAAGAUGAUGGACUAAGAAGAGAUUUGGAGCUGAAAUCUGGAAUUGAAUUGGGUCUGUUCGUGAAGUUCGGUUCUCUUCGACCUUCUUGCUGGAUGCUUUUGUCGAACUGGAUUUGGGUAGUAUGAUCCGGAGGUCGGGAUUGAAUUUCAAGAAGUGGUUUUUUGACGGUUCGGAAAUCAUGGUAGAAAGUGGUCGAGAAAGAGAAUUGGGUUAUGGAGAUUAAUGGGUUUUCAUUUUGUGCUUUGGCAGCGUUAGCAGUUUCUUAGCUAGGGGAUUUAGAUCAACUGGAAUAUGCUUGUGAUUAAAUUGUGAAAAAGGGGGCAUUGUGUUCUUGAAAUUCUGGUGAAUUUUGGUAUUUCCGUUUGUUUCUUCACAUACUUGCGAUGAUUGUUGAUUUGGCUGAUGGCUCCGAUUUUGAACUUGAUGGCGUUGGGAUUGAUAAUCUUGUAGAGAACGAUGUUAGUGAUGAAGAGAUUGAGUCCGAAGAGUUGGAAAGCCGAAUGUUGAAGGAUCAGAUAAAGCUUAGGAGAAUCAAGGAGCGGCGGAAACUCACAGUCCAGCAAGCUGCUGACAAGCAGGAGCACAAACCGCCGUCCCCUGAAGCUCAGAGGAAGAAGAUGAUGAGAGCCCAAGAUGGUAUUUUGAAAUACAUGUUGAAGUUGAUGGAGGUGUGCAAGGUCCGCGGUUUCGUCUAUGGGAUCAUACCUGAGAAGGGGAAGCCCGUGAGCGGAGCGUCUGAUAACAUACGAGCUUGGUGGAAAGAGAAGGUGAAAUUCGAUAAGAACGGGCCUGCAGCCAUAGCAAAGUACGAAGAGGAGAAUACGGCCGAUAGGAGUUUGCAAAACGAGGGGAAUGGGAACUUCCAUGGACUCGAGGACCUCCAAGAUGCUACUUUGGGCUCUCUUCUAUCCUCUCUGAUGCAACACUGUGACCCUCCGCAGCGGAAGUACCCGUUGGUGAAGAAAAUUCCACCACCUUGGUGGCCAUCGGGGAACGAAGGUUGGUGGGUGAGUUUGGGACUUCCAAAAGGUCAGACUCCUCCUUACACAAAGCCCCACAGUUUGAAGAAGAUUUGGAAAGUCGGGGUGCUGACGGCCGUGAUCAAGCACAUGUUGCCCAAUGUUGCAAAGAUCAGAAUGCAAAUCCAAAAGUCGAAGUGUCUGCAAGAUAAGAUGACGGCCAAGGAGAGCUCGAUUUGGUUGGGCGUAUUGAGCAGGGAGGAAUUGUUACUCCAGCAGCUCAGUGGUGAGAAUGUGGUAUCUAAUGUAACUGAGAUGAGGCCCAGCAGUCCUAGGAAAAGAAGAAAAACUACAACAGAUAACAGUUCUGAUUAUGGCGCCGAUGGUUUCGAAGACUGUAGGGAUUCUGUUUCGUCGAAGAAUGACAGGAGAAAUCCACAUUUGGCUAGUGAACCUUGUAGAGACCGACCUCAUGAAAAUGCCCACCAACUCGUAGGAGAUAAAGAUCAGGUAGAAGAGCAAUGUGGGAGAAAAACACCCCGUCCAAGUUUGAAGCCAGUUGAUCAGUUGGCCGUGCCUCUCCACUGUGAAUAUCCUAAUGGGGAAUCCAGAAACUGUCUCCCUGAUAUGAACUAUACGGUCUUGCAGCGGGACGGAUAUCAUAUGCCUGGCAUUCAGCUGGAAAAUUGUCGAAAUCCAUCUUUGAUGUCUCAAGAAGGACAUUUACAGAAUCAGCACCAGUUGUCUGUAUCAGGGUUCAACAGCUUAUCCAUCUCGCCGCCUGCUCAUGCUGCUGCUCACAGCAUGUAUGUUUGUGGCCAGCCCUUACUACAUUCGGGCUUGCAAAAGUCUGAUAUGCAACCUGGAAAUACUUUUGGUUUCUACGGCUCGUCUGGCAGAUAUGGGCUCUCUAAUGAUAGACAGCAGCUGCAAUUGGUCAUGGUUGAUCACGAAAUCGGGCAUGAGGAUACCACAGUUCAGAAUAGAAGUCAUGGCUAUAGGCACGGGCUGACAUUGGAUGUAAAUGCAAAUGAGAUUGCCAGGGAUGUACUGGACUUGGUGAAAGAUCCAUUCCAGAUAGAGCAAGAUAAGCUUGUCGACGGUCCCUAUGGGUCUCUGACUGAUGGCCUGUUCGGGUUGAGGAGUCCGUUUCCUCUUGAAUUUGAAGAUGCUGAUAUAGAUUUCUUAAUGGACGACGAUGACUUAAUGCCAUAUCAUGGUGGAUCAUAGUAGACUAUCUCUCAGUGCAAAAGGGGACGUUAGAUUUCUUUGGGUCAAUUAACACAUGAUGAUCACUCCUCGUUUGAUGGGAUGAAUGCCAUGGUUUUCAAUUUAUUCUUCCAUGGGUAUUAGUGAUUCAUGGAUUCAUGAAAAAAGGGGGAAAAAAAUAAAA